CAGGAAUCAUCGAUUACAUACAACAACACGCUGCGAAGGCCUUAUCAAUUCAAAUGACUCAGGUGCUUCUCCGAUUCUGCAGUAUAUAGACCGUCAAAUUUCUUGCUCAGCAUACACUUCCACACACCCACCACCCACAUACAUACACAAUGUCGAGCAACCAGGCGCAGAUUAGCACUCUCUUGAGGAAAUCGCUUUUGGGGGAACUCCUUGACACCCAAUUUUACCUGUUCUCUGCUCGAUCAAAGCAUGGGAACAUCAGAGUCGCUGCUGAGAUCAGAUCACUGUUUGCCAACGAUGAAGGCCUCACUGCGGGUUCGAAGUUCUUCAGUGGCUUACUCUCCGCAAAAACGCUCAAGGAUCCUGCCUUGAUCGAAGUUCCACUCGAACAUCAUCCCGCAUCUGAGGAAAUUCUUUCUCUCAAUGAUUAUGGCUAUGCAUCCGAUAGUGACCUGGAUGAAGGUGAAGAGGAGGAUGAAACGAACGAAACAGUACAAGAUAAUGAAAAGCUCGAACUUCAAGCGAAUGUCUCUGCGGGAACAACACCAUUGAUCAAGAAUUAUGCUACCAAGGGGGUGUACCGCACGACUCCGAACCGAAAAAUACUUGUAACUGAUACUGCAUUCAACACAUGGCAGGCUUUGUUGUACUAUCUGUACACUGACGAGAUCGUGUUUGCACCUUUGCGAUCGCAAGGAAGUCAGACAGCGGCACAGUUGGGUCUCGGUAAGCCCCCACCAUGCUCUCCGAAGUCUAUGUAUCGCCUGGCAUGCAAAAUAGAGCAAGAUGUAUUGCGGGACAAAGCGUUGGCCGCGAUACAAUCUAGCCUGACUGAGCACAAUAUCCUGCAGGAACUCUCUUCGUCUCUGACAUCCAGGUUUCCUCUCAUUCUUGAGAUGGAAGUCGAGAGUUUAUUCCAGCAUAUUACUAGCGCGACUGUCAUGAACGACUUUCCGACAUUUAUUAAAAGGAUAGGUGGCGCUGACCUCCCACAUGGGGUUGACAUCCUGAUCAAACUCCACGAAAGAAUGCUAAGGCAACACUACCCUAGAGUUUUUUCUCCUGAGCCUCCGUCUUCGAAAAGUUCUGAAAGUGAAUACGACGAGCGGCGGAUGCGUGGUGGUGGUAGUGGUAGAUCUGGUCGCGGUAACCGACGCUCGUCCAGAGGGAGGAGGGAUUGGUCUGAUUGA